AUGCCACUAAGUACAAGUGCGUUCAUACCUACAGCUUUAGUUAAAGCUAAAAAGCCGCUGGCAACAGGCUCUUUGGCCAAGGCGACGCACCCGCUGCUUCGUGGUCAGCAGGCAAGGAGGGCGCAAGCACCACGACGUGGCCUCCGAGAUGUUUCACAGCACGCAGUCGCAACGCUCCGGGCAGUGCAAGUCCACAGCAAGGAUUCGCGUUCUGAUAGAGGACUAUCGCUCGCCGCUGACCUUUGUCGAGAGGUUGAGACCUAUGAGGUGAAGUCUGUCUACACACAAGAGCCUGUGCGUAUUCGUGUUUACCGAGACUUUAACGCCGAGCUGCUCGAACCACUUGGUAUCACGUCCUGGGACGCCGUCACUGAAGAAGCCGCUGAAGACUAUCCGGUGACAUAUGAAAAUUAUGAGGUUGUGUACUAUGAAAGCGGCUGUAUGAAACUCCAGUGUGUCGGCCGAGACGAGCCACUCAUUCUCCAAGCGGGAGACUUGGCAGAGUUCUCCGAUGGUGUUCACGGAGACGGCCGCGUAACAGAGAACUUACGCCGCCGCUUUGUUUUUUGCUCCCCAGAUGAGUGGGAAGCGUCUCUUAGGCGAGCCAUCACCGAAACGCUUGAAGGGCGUCCCGCACAAGCUGCUGAUGCAGACGUCUUGCCAGGCCGAUCGAAAUAUGGGACCAAACCAGGUGCCACAUCUUCCGAAACCACAAGACCGACAAUUGAACCCCUCGCUCAUCAGGCUGGAGGGGAGUUUGCAAAUAAGAUCACCAAUUCUUCUUCGAAGAAAGCGACUCGCCGGAACAGAGGCGCGAAGUCCUCGCUCAAAAAUGCUGAUAGAGAGCCUGGCAAUGCUGCACGAGCGAAAAUGGAUGCCGAGCUAGCAUUUCCAAACUGGGUGGCCUAUGCGUUAGCUGAUAUUAUCCAGCUUGGAGCAGCCACCACGCUUAUUUUAUUCUGGGACUCUGGUCCUGGGGCGUUUAUUCCAUCAAAAGAGAUUAACUUUCUGCUCCAUUACAUUUUUGUACCCAUUGGAACGGCUGGGGCAUUCCUAUCGGCGGUGGCACGGUUUGCGCUUGAAGUGGCGCCGUCUCUCAAGGAGCACCCUCUUGUGCGUCUUGUGCCGCGAUAUGAAGACAUAGAUGAUCCUAGACAAAAAUAUUUGCAGAAAAGAGACUAA